AAGUGAUCCACAAUCCUCUCAUAAAGUUGCGUGUUGUGUGAGUGUAGAGGGACGGGAGCCGAUCCACCCACGGUUGUUCGCACCGAUCUGGCAACGUCGCGCUCUAUAACCGAUAUUGUGGCCGCACGGAAUGGAGGAGAAUGAGCUGCUCGGGUCAACUUCCCCUAAUCCCCACCACCGUGACUACGUGCCGUUGUUUCUCCCACAGGCAGAAGACAGUUGAAUGCUGGUAGCGGUAGAGUAUACACGCGCGUAGAUACGAUUCGCCGAUAGUGUGACACUCUUCAAAGUUAGAUAUGAGACGUAUUCGGUCGCGAUUCGAUUGAUCUUUAAUAAAGUUUAUAUUGCUGCGAAAUCUACUUCCUUUAUGAGUGCGGUCAAAUGCUGGGAUACACUUAUAGCGUAGGUAAUUAUGGUGCAAAUGGUGGCAUGAACGGUACUGAAGGUGGCUACGGUGGUGGAAACGCGUUAUCAACGGCUGCGAUGGUGGCUGCCGCAACGGCCACGGCGACUGCUACUGCUAGUGUGGUUGCUUUGCAAGAGAACGGUCAGUUCAGUAACCAACAGUACCCACAGGGCUACCAGCAAAGGAUGAUGCCCAUGAAUAACAUGAAUCCCAUGUCGAAUAUGGGCGGCAACAUGAACCUCAACGGCAUGCACGGCAACAUGAUGACGAGCAUGCAAGGGAAUCCCAUGGGACCGAAAAUGGGCAUUCAAGGUCCAGGUCCCACCGCUAACACCAUGUACCCGCGGCGAAUGGCACCUUAUCCCUCCCCUGCUAUGCACAUGACACAGAAAAGAGCACAGCAGUCGUAUCCCACCCCUGGACCAGGUCCUACCAUAAACCCAAACUUUAAUCCUAAUGGACAGUAUCCUAGUUAUAAUACGCGACAGCCGACGUUCCAGUCGCAGUACCCUACACAACAAGCCUUAGGACCGUCGGCUACGUUUGGUCCGGGAAGUAUGGGACCCAUUAGAAAUAAUACUACCUUAAGACAAGCAACCCCUCCUUAUACAAGCCAGUCCCAGUAUUUUCCAACAAAUUCAAUGAAUCAAUUCCACAGUGGAAACGGUGGACAAUACAUGAACAAUACUACACCCCAAUAUGCAAACACGAACCAAUUCCAACAGGAUAUGAGCAUGAGGAACACCAUGAAUUACCAGCACAGUCCCAUUCCUGGAAACCCUACACCGCCCUUAACGCCUGCCAGUAGUAUGCCACCGUAUAUCAGUCCUAACCCGGAUGUGAAACCUACCUUCAACGACAUCAAGCCCCCACUACCUGCACAAAAAGAUGAUGAAUUAAGGUUGACGUUUCCUGUAAGAGACGGUAUCAUUCUGCCUCCAUUUAGAUUAGAGCACAAUCUAGCUGUUAGUAAUCACGUGUUCCAACUAAAGCCUACAGUACAUCAAACGUUGAUGUGGAGGUCCGAUUUGGAACUCCAGCUAAAGUGUUUCCAUCACGAAGACAGACAAAUGAACACCAAUUGGCCUGCAUCUGUACAAGUUUCUGUUAAUGCUACCCCCCUCGUUAUAGAUCGGGGAGAAAAUAAGACUUCACAUAAACCACUUUACCUGAAGGAAGUUUGUCAGCCAGGUAGAAACACAAUACAAAUCACUGUUGCCGCUUGUUGUUGUUCGCACUUAUUCGUGCUGCAAUUGGUGCAUAGGCCCAGCGUAAGGUCCGUUCUGCAAGGUCUCCUAAGGAAACGGUUAUUGACAGCUGACCAUUGCAUAGCGAAAAUUAAACGAAACUUUAGCAAUACCUCUGGUCCAAAUCUCUCGGAUAGGGAUCGGGACACUGUGGAACAAACCGCAUUAAAAGUUUCUCUUAAAUGCCCCAUAACGUUUAAAAGAAUAACCCUUCCAGCUCGGGGUCACGAGUGUAAACAUAUACAAUGUUUCGAUUUGGAAUCAUAUCUCCAACUAAAUUGUGAGAGAGGAUCUUGGAGGUGUCCAGUAUGCAAUAAAUCAGCCCAGUUGGAAGGUUUAGAAGUGGACCAAUACAUGUGGGGAAUAUUGAAUAACAAUAUAGGCAAUCCUGAUGUUGAAGAAGUUACAAUUGACAACUCUGCUAAUUGGAAGACUGCCAAAAGCUUGAGUCCUAACAUUAAAAUGGAAGACGAAGGUAACGAUUCUUGUGGAGCAAAGAAACUAAAUAAAGCUAUGUCACCGGGCAGUAUGACGAUGCCCACAAUGAACAAUUGGGACAUGCAAGCUAUGUCUCCCUACAUUCCCCCGGAUAUGAACAGUAUAGCUAGUGGAUCGAUGAUGAAUGGUCCUACAUCAUACAAUGGUUCAAGAAGUAGCCAGUUUGAGUUCGGUUCGAGUAACGGUGGCGGAAACGAGUACACAGGAGGAAAUGGACCUCUUUCUCAUCUCAGCGAAUCGGUUAAUUCUCUUGAUCCAUUAAAUGCGAUGGAAAAAAGCCUUAAUGAACAAAUGCCCCACACACCUCACACUCCCCAUACGCCGCAUACCCCUCACACGCCAGGCGGAACUCCCGGUUCAGCGAACACGCCCGGAGGUGGGACGACGGGACCUCCAAGCGUCCCUCCUGCCAAUUCUGAUAACAGCCAUCUGAAUUCGAGUGGAAACACGAACAGCAACGACAAGUGCGAAUCCUCGGUAGCUGACAUUCCUUCGGAUUUGAACUUCGACCCUGCUGCUGUUAUUGAUGGGGAAGGCACCGGCCAAGAAACCCUCAAUUUGUUACCUGACAGUGUGGAUCCCAUGGAGCUGCUCUCAUAUUUGGAUCCCCCCGACUUGAAUACGCCCCCUUCAAGCGGUAGCAGCACCGGGCCCACAAACGCAUCGACAAACGAUGAUAUCCUGGCGCUGUUCGAAUAAAAGACGAGUUCCUGCUGCUCUCAUUAAAAUGUGAAGUUAAAACAAAGUGUGAUAGAACUGAAUCAUGUUUAUUUAUGGAAAAGGUCUAAAUCAAAUUAUUUUUACUGUAUUAUUUGUACAUACCUACCUACUAUUUAAAUGUGGCGAAUCGCCUGUUUCUUUGGUAACGCACGCGUUAAAGAGGCUCAUUGAAGAAGCCCUUUCCGUUCUAUUAUUCGGCUUUUUGUAACCAACGAAACCGGCUUUUUCUUUAUAAAGGCCAGUUUAGGAUAGUAUUACGUUGGCGUUCAAUACCAUCCGUUCCACAUUAACCUGCUCAACGACGCUGAAGUAACACCAGGCGAAACAAAAAAAAAA